AUGCAUAUCACCGAAUUUCGCAUUAUUUUACCAAUGACUGUGGAAGAAUAUCAAAUUGCACAAUUAUUUUCAACUGCAAAAGUUUCUGAACAAAAUACAGGUGGUGGUGAAGGUGUCGAGGUUCUCGUUAAUGAACCAUUUGAAAAAUCAUCAGCAGAAGGCUUUCUUGGUCGAUAUAAUGUUGGGCAGUAUACAAGAAAAGUUUAUCAUUUUGCUUCACGUGUGCCAGGUUUUGUUCGUUUAGUAUUUAAAGAAUCAAAUUUAUCUAUGCACGAAGAAGCAUGGAAUGCUUAUCCAUAUUGUAAAACAGUAAUUACAAAUCCAUACAUGAAAGAUAAUAUGCUAAUUGAAAUAUCAACAUUACAUUUGGCUGAUCAUGGUGAAUCAGAAAAUGUACAUCAAUUGAAUCAUGAUGAACUUAAGAAACGUCACGUUGUUUACAUUUAUAUUUCUGAUAAAGUUAGCCGCCAUGACUAUAAAGCCGAAGAAGAUCCAGAAAAAUUCCAGUCAUCAAAAACUGGCCGUGGUCCACUUGUAUCACAGGAUCAAUGGUACAAAACUUGUGAACCACAUAUGUGCUGUUACAAAUUAGUGCGAGCAAAAUUCAAGUGGCUCGGUAUUCAAACACGAGUAGAAAAUUUAAUUAUGACACAAGAAGAUCGUUUAUUCCGUAAUUUUCAUCGUCAACUGUUUUGUUGGAUGGAUGAAUGGUAUGGUUUAACAAUGCAAGAUAUUCGAGCUAUUGAAGUUGCUACAGCUCAAAAGCUUGAAAAAGCACGUCAAGCAGGUCAGAAACAAGGUUAUACCGGCGAAGAAUAA